AUGGCGAACAGAACGCAGAAAGAACUCAUAGUUGAUAUCAAAAAACUGAUAGAAGUAGAUGAUAGCAAAGACGGUCGCUUGUUACCAGCCUGUUGUAUCUACAGGGUACCUCCUACAAUUCGUUAUCUAAAUGAAAAGGCUUACACCCCAAAAUUUACAUCGAUUGGCCCCUUUCAUUAUGAUGAUAAGAUACUGCAAGAUAUGGAAGAGCACAAAAAAGUUUUCUUCAAAGAAUUUACGCAAAGAGCCAUGUCAAGCUUGGGUGAUUUGGUUAGUUUUGUAAAGCAUACAGAGCCAAAAGUUCGUGCAUCUUACUCUGACAGCAUCAAACUUAGUGAAGAAGAACUUGUGAAACUGAUAUUAGUGGAUGCUGGUUUCAUCAUUGAACUCUUCAUCAGGUACCAUAAGUUUCAUGAUGAGAUUCGUAGUGAUGCUAAACUUUCACAACCCUGGUUGAUAGUUGCUAUAAGUAUGGAUUUGGUUUUACUUGAGAACCAGCUUCCUUUCUUUGUUAUUAAAGAACUAUUCAAUAAAGCCUUCCCCAAUAACCUUUGGGCAGAAAUUUUAGUUCGUAAUAUGAUAGCUUUGGAGCAACGUCAUUAUCCCUAUGAAUCUUACAUUAUGGACUAUGUUUUUAUACUGGAUUGCCUAAUCAACACUCAUAAAGAUGUGGAUGUUCUGGUCCAAAAGAAAAUAGUGAGCACUCGUAGAGGUGACACUAACAAUGUUGCAACAGUAGUUCAUGGUCUCUGCAUAAAUGUCAUCCAAACAGGUUUAAGUAGUGAAUAUAUGGAUAUUUGUCAAAGGUUGAAUGGAUUUUGUGAAGAUUGUUGGCACAAGAAGAAGGCAGCAUUGAGACUUGAUUAUUGUCGUACACCAUGGCAAAUUAUCGUCUCUAUUGCUGGAAUCAUCUUCCUCAUUCUCUCCGUGGUUCAGACCAUAUUUUCUAUCCUCCAAGAAGAAGUAAUCCGGAAUGCAAUGGGAACUCAAGACUCUUGA